UCUGGUUGUGGUCCGAGUAAUACCCACCCACUGACAGGUUUUGACAUACUUCUCGUAGCGACACCAUGAGCCACCAGAACACACGGCGGAAGAAGCAGAAACUGACGCCGGAAUCGCAGUUCCGGUCUACACUUGACCAGUGCUCCAAAUCGAAGGACCUCUCCGCCGCCAUCUCUCUCUAUGAAUCCUCCGCACAUCCAACCCUUACUCUCAACAAUCUUAAUUCCUUCCUUUACAUCUGCUCCGAAGCCCUAUCAGACCCGAAUACGCGGAAACCCGCUAUCGACUUUGGGUUCAAGCUGUUCCGCAACCACAACAAUGAAAACCUCAGGCUAAACGAGGCGACGCUCACGGCCGUGGCCCGGUUGGCCGCGGCGAACGGCGAUGGAGACUACGCAUUUGAGCUCGCGAAAAGCGUGAAGAAACAUGGCGUUGCGCAGAAGCUUAGGACCUUCACCCCGGCGUUGAAUUGCUUUUGCAGCGCUGGAGCGGCUGAUAGGGCUUAUGAAGUGGCGGAGCAUGUGCUUUCGGCGGGGCUGCAGCUGGAGGAACCUGAGCUUGCGGCAUUGCUGAAGGUGAGUGUCGAGACGGGGAGGGAGGAUAAGGUUUACGAGUAUUUGCACAAACUGAGAAGGGUAGUAAGGGGGGUUGAAGAGUCAACAAUGGCAAUCAUAGAGAGUUGGUUCAGAGAGAAAAAGGCAGCUGAUGUGGAUUUAGUUAGUUUGGAUAAGGAACAGAUCAAGGAAGCAGUUGCGAGGAAUGGAGGUGGGUGGCAUGGACUUGGGUGGCUCGGCAAGGGCGAAUGGGUCCUGCAGAAAACAAAUGCUGCCUCAAAUGGAAUGUGUUGUGCCUGCCGUGAGCAGUUGGUUUGUGUUGAUACCGAUAGAGCAGAGACUGAUAAGUUUGCACAAUCAAAUGCUUCUUUAGCCAUGGAAAGGGAACAUCAGUCAAAUUUUAAGGAGUUUCAGGAGUGGCUAGAACAACAUUCUGGAUAUGAAACUCUGGUAGAUGGAGCAAAUGUUGGACUAUACCAACAAAACUUCGCACAGGGUGGCUUUAGUAUCACACAGCUUGAUGCUGUUAUGAAAGAAGUACAUAGAAAGACACAGAAACAACCACUUGUUGUGUUGCAUAAAAAACGUGUGCGCUCACUUCUUGAGGAUGCUUCUAAAAGAGAGCUCAUUAACGAGUGGAUUGAUCAAGGAGUGCUAUAUGAAACACCAUAUGGAUCAAAUGAUGAUUGGUACUGGCUUUAUGCUGCUGUGAAAUUGAAGUGCUUGCUAGUGACAAACGAUGAAAUGAGAGAUCAUAUUUUUGAGCUCAUCGGUAGCAAUUUUUUCUCGAGAUGGAAGGAAAGACAUCAGGUGAGAUAUACAUUCUUAAAAGGCAGUCUAAAGCUUAUUAUGCCGCCUUCUUAUUCCGUCAUCAUCCAGGAAUCUGAGAAGGGAUCAUGGCAUAUACCCUUAGCUGGGGAAAUUAGUGACGAGUCUUCACGAACAUGGCUAUGCGCGAUAAGAUCAGGAUAGGACGAAAGCUGGUAGUAAUUCCUACACAAUCAUCAGUCGGAACCAAGAACAUGGUAACGACUGUGAUAGUUUCUUGAAGUAUUUAAUUGCAUACCCUCUGCUUACAAAUAGAAACAAUGAUGAUCAUCAUUCGCAAUUGUGACUUUAAAUGGAUUGGAAAUGAUAACUGAUAAUGGAUCAUUUAGUUACCAAAUCAAUAUGUUUUGCUUAUGCUUUGAA